AAUGCAGGAGCACUGGAGCAGGAUGAACAAGAGCAUACCGGAGAAGUUCGUGAGCGAUCCAAAUGGGCAGCUCACCGAAACGCUGAGCCUGAAAUCGCCGAGCGGCGCGACGUGGCUCGUCGACGUCGCAAGGAACGCCGACGCCGACGAGCUGCUCCUCGGGUCAGGAUGGGGCGACUUCGCCAGAGCGCACGAGCUACAGGAGGACGACCUCGUGGUCUUCACGCGCGGCGGCGGCGGCGGCAGCGGCAGCGGCUGCUCCUUCGACGUCCUGGUCCUGGACUCCAGCGGCUGCGAGAAGGCGCCCUGUUUCUUCGCCGCCAACAAGGUGCACGGGCGUUUCAGUGGCGGAGGGCGUCGACAGGCUGCACGCCGCCGCGUGUUCCGUGGUCCGGAACCGGAAGGCCUGGGAGCGCAGCUGCGCCUCGCUGCGGCGGCGGCGUCCACGCACGGGGCAUCUACUUCGAAGCAGAAGUGUGGCGAGACUGAUAAACCAAGUAGAGCAGAGAGAUUUGACAUUAUGAAACGCGACGGGUGCGGCUUCAACGAAAUAGAGGCUCAGGCGAGGGUUUCUCCAUUAUAGAAAAGCUGGGCAUAGCCAACACUCUAAAAUGGACAUGUCAACUCUAUUAAUGGAUUCAGA